AUGGAUUUGUUUCGAAGAGCCUCGAGAAUGGUGCCUACAACACAAAACCUACCGCUUCCGGCCCAUGAUGAGAAGAGAGGAACAGCAAAGAAGAAUACGCUGGCAUCAAGGUUGGCGUUUUUCCGCCGGCCAUUGCGGUUACGGGGCAACUCUACUGUUUCUGUGCCUCUGGGUGUCGUCCUGAUUUUCCCUCUGCUUGUUGUCGUCCUUAUCUUGGUGCUGUUUGUUCGACACCCCAGCUCUCCUGGGAGAAUAUUAAUGCCUGCUGGCGCUCCUCCAGCGAUUCGGAAAAUUAGCGAAAAGCACGACAAGGUGUUUGUCACUGGCUGUUUAGAGCCUGAUACCUCCCAGCCUCGUGCCAACGCUACCUUCGUUGUACUGGCCAGAAACAAGGAACUGGACGGUGUUAUUCAAUCGCUCAAAUCUAUGGAGCGCCACUUCAACCGAUGGUACCACUAUCCUUACGUUUUCCUCAACGACGGUGAAUUCGAUGACCAUUUCAAGGAGACCGUUCGCAACCACACAUCCGGCUCUGUCGAGUUUGGCAGAGUUGGUCCCGACAUGUGGGGUUUCCCCGAUUGGGUUGACCACAAAGUCGCCAAAGAAGGCAUCGCAAAACAAGGAGACGCUGCCGUCAUGUAUGGUGGACUGGAAAGCUACCAUUUCAUGUGUCGGUUCUACUCGGGCUUUUUCUACAACCACCCGCUUCUUCUGAAGUACGAAUGGUAUUGGCGAGUUGAGCCUGAGAUUACUUACUUCUGCGACAUUACAUAUGACCCAUUCUUGAAAAUGAUUGAGAACAACAAGACAUACGGCUUUACAAUUGCUGUGAAAGAACUUCGCGAAACUGUUCCCAACAUCUUCCGCUAUGCUUCGGCUUAUAAGCGGCUGAAUAAUUUGACGUCUCAAGGCCUUUGGGAAAUGUUUGUCGAGCCCAGGGAUCCAGCCGAGGAAGAGAAAAAGAAGGAACAGCUUCCCGAUGAAAUUUUGAAGAACGACCCUGCCAAUAAUGCUCCCCCAAAGAUUGACCCCGAAUCGAUGGAAAGCGAGAAAUACAACAUGUGUCACUUCUGGUCCAACUUCGAAAUUGCAAAGCUUAGCUGGUUCAGAAGCAAGGAAUACAACGACUUCUUCGAUAUGAUGGACCGCAGUGGUGGUUUCUGGAUGGAAAGGUGGGGUGACGCCCCUAUCCAUUCGCUUGCCGCGGGUGCCUUGCUGGGCGUCAAAGAUAUCCAUUACUUCCGUGAUAUCGGCUACAGGCAUACUACUAUUCAACACUGUCCUGCCAAUGCUCCGUCACGACAGCUUCCUCGCACACCAUAUUUAGAAAUGACAACGCUUGACGAAAAGAAACGGAUAGAAGAGGACAAGUACUGGGAGGACUGGGAUGAAGUCAAAGAAAACGGCGUCGGGUGUCGAUGUCGUUGCGACACUGAUAUUGUUGAUGUGGAGGGCAAGGAAGGCUCCUGCCUCGCUGAAUGGGUAGAUGUUGCUGGCGGCUGGGCUCCUUAA